AUGGAGUCGAAUGACAAAAGCAAACCAUCAAAUGAAGUAGAAGAAAUUGAAGAACUUGAUGUCGAUCCUAUUAAUGAUAUCGUCGACUACUUAGUAAGAUGUGCUAAAAUUUCUUUCAAAAAUGCACAUGUUAAUGAAUCUGAAGUUCGAACUAGUCAAAAAAUAAAAAUGGCUUGUGAAAUAUAUAAACGAUCGCCUACUGACUUUCUGUUGCAAUUCGGUAAAUAUCUUGCUCCACAUCAUAUUGGUUACUUUGAAAAUGUGCAAUCUAAUGCUGAUGAGAGCUACCGCGAAUGUAUUAAACAAUUAAAAUCUUACCAUUCCGAAAAAACUAGAAAUAAAAGAAUACGCAAUCGACGAUACAAUGCGUUACAGAAACUUCAAAACGAAAGUGAUUAUUUUAGUGAAAAACAAAUGAUGUACAGAAAUCCAUUACUUUAUGAGCAACUAGUUGGCCAGUACUUGACUGAUGAGGAGAUCAGGGAGCGUGAUGGUGUGGAUAGUGAGAACCUAACAUUUCUGAGUAUGAUUUUGGAAACAGUUGAUCGAAAUGAAAUGAGAGAAAUAAAAAAUGAACAAAUGCUUGAGGAAGACAUGGAGUCUAUGAAAAUAACAAAAACUGAACAUAAGAGCAAUUGCAGUGAAAAUAGCAAAGAAAAAAAGAAAAAGCAAUGGGGUGCAUUUGAUACUCCAGAUACAAGACCAACUUAUAUGCCUGAACCUAGAAAGCAAAGUAUGAUCACUGCUCCAGAGAGGAGACUUCUAAGGGAAGAAUUUUUGCAAGAAAUGUUCUCUAGUUUUAUAGAGGGUAGAGAUGAGGAUAUUGAUUAUCAAAGUAUUGAUAACAAUGAGCAGUAUGAUGAUCUCCAGCAAGUUUCACAAGAUGCUGAAGACAGAUACUUUGACUCUGAAACAAAUGAGAUUGAGAAUCUUGAAGAACAUAUGAAACUUGUCCAAGAAUAUGGAAGAAAGAAUUCUACUAGUAGCAGUCAAGAUGAUCCAUUAGACACAUUCAUGAAACACAUGACUAAUAAACAAAAUAUUACAUAA